AUAAAUGCGAUUAAGCUCCUAUACAUACAAAUGUCAAGCCUUAUGCUUUAAAAAAAAAAGAGCACACCUUAGGUAGUAAGUAGAUGGACUUUACAAAGCGAAGACACGGAGAUAUCUCUGCUGUCAGUCGUAUGGUCAGAAUGGGAAAAAAGGACCCUAAGUUACAGAGGACCCUCCGUUACGCGUCACGCAUGUCAUGGGCCAUCCCAACUCCCCUCCCAAAAUCAUGUCCUCCAGCCAGAGGCCUCAGCAGGUGCCUGGGGGUUCACCUGAACUCCAUCCAUCUAAUAGUGCCACCGCAUUGGAGGACGCUUCUUAUUACCUUGGGCGAAGCUUUCAACCCGAUGACAAUGUCGAUCGGGUUCGGCGAAACCUGGGCCGUGCCUGGUUCACUGUCCACCGGGCUCUUGCCACUGAUCCAAACUUAAAGGGCCGUCUUAGAAAUGAGACCGAAUUCGAUGCUUAUGUCAAGCCUGGGAGCAAUGAAGAGCUGGAACUUGUCAAGUUGCUUUUCAGUAUGGCGAACAACCAGGUUCCCUGGAGUGAUUUAUUUAAACAUGAGGCUUUUCUGAAAUCUGAGGCUGAGUUAAUUUACACUUCGAACUCAGCUUUGGCCACCACACAGGCAUGGAGCGGUGAAUUCAAAGGCGACCUCGCAAAUGUGCUUUUCGAAACUAUUGCGGAUGACCUUUCCAAGGAUAAAACUCCUUAUGCUAGGCUAACGACUAUCAUAAAUUCAUCUGGAACCGGCAAGUCUCGUAUGGUGGACGAGCUUGGCAAGGAAAUUAUAACGGUGCCUAUGUGUUUACGUCCGGGAAUCAAAGGAAUGCCUCCUCCCGAUAUGAAACUCCGUGAUUGGCUUGUUUCUCAGAUACGCAAUAGGGAUACCGUUCAGAAGAGGUUACGGGGAUUCUUGUUUUCUCUCUUAGUGGUCACUCUCAGAACACUGAAGACCAUCGUGUCAGAGAAACAAGAUAUGGAGUUACCAAGUUUAAAUUGGGAAUCGUCAAAAGAAAAGCUGCAGGACUAUAUGCCAUUGGUUGUAGAUCGCCAGAGGAGGCUGGCAUCUGCCUUCCGCGAGCAUAUGACUACGGGUCAAUUAUAUCAUGCUUCGGGUACCCAUCGAAACACUUUCUACGAUGAGGUAAUCAAGUUGGCCGAUGAGUUUGUGCAAGGCAGCACAUGGGUCAAGGACGAAGCAGAACGGCAAUAUGGAUGGUACGUUAUGGGAGGCAAGGGCCUGCAAGAGGCAGGAAAGGGCCCACUCGAUGCAGGCGAAAGCCUCUGUCGCUUCAUAGAUGAACAUAAGAUUUUGGAAUCGAAUCAUGGCCCACGACGACCUCUGGUGGUCCUCGCUUUCGACGAGGCUCAUGCCCUCACUGAUAACCCACGUCAAACAGACUGGAAUCUGUUCUCAGAGUUGCGUCGAACUCUACGACAAAUCCAGGACUUCCCAAUAUUCUCAAUCUUUCUUUCGACAGCGGGGCGCUUCAAUAAAUUCUCCCCAGAGAUCCGUUCUGAUCCUUCAGCUCGGGUCAGAGAACCCGACAACCGUCCCCUGAAUCCGAUUUCCGAAAUCAGUUUCGACGAUCUUGCGUACCCAGCAUUGAAGGAUACCGUUACGAUACACAGAGUGGUAGAAACCGAUUGGAUUUCCCAUCUCGGACGCCCAUUAUUCGGGUCUUAUUGGGAUAAGUUCCCAGAUGAGCUAGCGAUUCUGGAUUCUGCGAGGCAGAAGCUGCUGAACGGGCCAAAUGAGCUGAGGGACGACAAUUCGGCUGGUGCCCUUGCCUGCCUCUCCGUACGUUUAGCGCUGGAGUUCAACACAGACGUUUCAGCCCACGCUGUAAGCUGUGUCCAGGUUGAACGGCAUAUGCGACUCUGCCUCUCAGCGACUGCUGGAUUCGAGGAAUUGAUUACCAUUCCUGGGUCCGAACCACUUCUGGCUGAGGCUGCCUAUGAACUCAUGAGGGAUACGCAUAGGAACGCAGUGCACCAUUUGGCGAACCAUUCGGAUCUGAACUGCAUCGACCGUGGGCGGCGUGGUGAGCUAAUUGCGACUCUGCUGAUCAUGCAAACAUACGACGCAGCACGGGAAAUUAGUGGUAGAAGAUGGGUGUCUGUGGCCAACUUCAUGGAGGCCUUACUUCCGACGUGGAACUAUGAGAUGCUCCUUCAAUCCAGCCCGACAUCUUGGCUCGUGAAGGAUGGGCCCAAGAAUCGCGACAACACAUUCCAGGCGAUAUUCAAGGACUACGGCAUGUGGUUUAACCAUGUCAUCAAGAUCGAGACACAGGAGAUGAUCUCAAGCAACCAUCUGUGGAAAUUUGUUACGCGUGGGGCGAUGAUAUUGUGUGCGACUAAUCAAGAAGGCAUUGAUAUUGUUUUGCCCAUUUGUCACACGACACGAAAUCUUUGCCCAGAUUCUAUGACGGCCAUGGUCAUCCAGGUGAAGAAUGCGCCGACUUACAAGGCAACACUCAAAUCGUCAUUGUUUGAUACGAUGGAUCGUGCUGUACUAUUCUCCACCUCCGACUCCGACUUUGCUGAGGCUUCAGGGGAGCCGAAUAUCACAGAGCUGGCGGAGCCCAAGAAAAAGAAAAGGAAGAUGGCCCCAGGGCCAAGUGUGAUUCCGAAGCCAGAAGCGGCGGAUCUGAAGCCGGUUAUCCGAGUGGUAUUUGACUUGGCUUCUCCAGAACCUGCUGUAGUCUUCAGGCAAUGGCCUGAGGUCCAGCAUCAUUUCAGCGGGUUUACUACCUUUGAUAUCUGGCUGGCAGGCCUCUCAUGCAAAACAUUCAAGCAGAUUCAAGAGGCGGAUCUGGAAUCCUACCAAAUACUUUUAGAGCGUUCACUUAUGCCUCACGAUGCACUCAGUUUGAAGGAUGAACCAAAUGUAGGUGAGAAGGCAAGGCAAGGCAAGGAGGCCAGUAGGCAGAGCAUGGUGCCGUUGAUCCUCCCAGGACUUAGCCAUCAUGGUAUUCAUCUCUAGGAUCGAAAAACUGUCUAGGACUCCGCAUCCCUAGCUGAUUGACUUUCAAUGCAUACACUUAGGACUUGAAUGUACUUUGGCAAUUAUGAUGUUCUUAUUCUCCGAUGUGUUGCAACUAUCGAAAGAUGCAACAGCUAGCUCCAUUCAGCUUUAGCUCAUCGGCCAAGGAGAAUGCAUAACUAGUGCUUCGAAUCGCACAAAGGAGAAUGGGAUCUUAUGUGCCAGUGGUAUGAUACCAGCCCUCGAAUUGAAUUUUCCACGAUCAUGAGUUGACCAAGGCGCCCGUCUACAAACCCAAAUGCGCACUGACCUGAACAGAUUGUAAUAUCGUGCUGAGGCUUUGAGCUGUGACGCAACGUUCUCAUUAAACUUUUGGAUCAACCUCGAUGGGAGUAGGAGGCAACGGAUGUGUCUCCAGAUAGUCAAGCAGUUCAGCCCAAUCUUUCUCUGUCCUCCUCCCAGC